CGUUGUUGAUGUAGUAAAACACAGUCCACACACACCGUUCGGUGGACGGACACCGUACACAAGCGCGCCUACGCGGCGGUUCCGAAAACCUCAAAAAAUUUCCUUUCUUCAACCUCCAUUCCAUCUGCUUUUAAUUCUCGACUAGUAGUUGUUUUUAUGUAUUUAUUUUCCAUUACAAGUUACCCUCCUUCCCAAAGUUUUUCCUUUGGGCGGGAAGUCCAAAAUGGGCCGCCUCGAGCUGAGUGGCGGCGGCGCUUCUCAAUCCAGCUUCCGCGAGCUCGACGAUGUCUUCUUGCAGACUCAAACAAGAAUAUGGCUUGGGGAAGUUCUAAACAUGAGAUUGGAUGAGCAAAUACCCAUUUCUGAUUUGCUUGCAGAUGGUGACCUUCUGUGUGAAGUUUCUAAAGUAAUUUGGAAUAUGCUGACAGCAAAAUAUGCAGAGCUUAGACACCUGAAAUACAAACCAAUAGGUUCUAGGAAGAGAAGUGGGAGAUAUAUGCCAUAUUCUAAUGUUGACUCAUUCCUAGCGAUCUGCAAAAUUUUGGGGUUGGAUGGUAUUGAUCUCUUCUCACCAUCAGAUGUUGUGGAAAAAAGAAAUACUCGGAAAGUAUGCAUCUGCGUGAGGGCAGUCUCGAAGAAAGUCAGGUCAAAACAAUUGAAUGUUCCCAACUUUGAUAUGGUAACAUGUGCAGUAGCAAUGCCAAAAGAUAUGGUUGGUGGAAUCAAAAGAAGCUUGGAGACAUCAAAGAGUAGCAUUUCAAGUUCCUCCAGUUAUAACUCCUCAUACAAUUAUCAAAGAUCGAUAGUUAGGCAGAGAAAUUUAAUUGAAGCCUGUGAUAGAAACUAUGAUUCCUGUUCUGAAGGCUCCGAUGAGGCAGAAAGCAAGUAUAUGGGUGGGGGGGAAGAAACCGAAGAAUCCUAUUGCUCAUCCACAAACAAGUUUAAUGAUUCUGCGGCUGUGAAUUCAGAUUGUGAGAGUUUACCUGUUGCACAUUCAGGUACAGGCUGCGGCACUGAGGAUGGUGGUUAUGACAAUGACGCAGAAGGAAAUUAUUAUAUUUCUGAUUACCUAGCCUUCUCUGAUUCAAUUAUUGGUGGACAUGAAGGAAAUAAUACUCCUGUGUUGCGAGAUGGAGAAGAUAAUAUGUUAAACUUUUUUAGUACUGGUAUUGAUUCUUUUCGGGGAAGAUCCGGUCCUCAGGCUUUACAUGAGAAAAAAAAUUCUGAUGAUAUUGAGGACGACUUGGAAGUAUCAUCCACAGCUAGCGUGAGCUCUAUAUUAGACCGGGCCCUUAAUUUGGAAUUUGAUGAGCACUUGGAUGUAGUUGGGUCUUUAUUGGUGGUGGAGAAGGGUGAAGAAGACUGCCUCAUCAUCAGUAAUUGUAAUUCACAGGAUCAUCAGAUAGCAGGUACCCGAGAAGGGCUUUGUAGCCAAGGUGCAAACUUGGAGAACUCCAGCGGCAUAGACCAGAGUUCUGUUGUACCUGCUGCUAUAAGUUCUUUUGACAUUAAUCAAGUCGUCUUGGCUAUGGAAGACGACGACGACAACGACAAGUGUUCCAGCUCCGCUCUAAAAGGCUCAAAUGAUGCAAACAUCCUUCAGUCCCCUGAGAUUCCUAAUCAGUGUGACAUGAAGGAUAUGGACAAAAAUCUUCUGGCAGAAAAUGGUUCCACUGGGAAAGAUGGUACAUUUGCUGGACUCUCCAAGGACAAGUGUGACACAAUUCCAAAGGAUAUGGAUGGAAAUCUUCUGGCACAAAAUGCUUCCAACACGAAAGAUGGUACAAUAAUUCCUGGACUCUCCCCCAAGGACAAGGUUUGCCAAAAGCCAUUGCUGCUAAAAACAGUAAAAACCGUUGCAAGUGGCACUGCUAUCUUCGGCCUGUUAUUUCUGCUGCUUCAUCUUAGAAGAGAGCGAGGAAAAAGCGGUGAUGCAAACAGGAAACUGGUUCAGAGCAAGAAGUUUAUCCCUAAUAAGGAGGGACAAUCUGGAGCUACAGCUAGGAUUUAUCCUGCAGAAAAGCUAAAGUUCAAGAAUUAUUAGUACUGUAUUCUUUUUACUAGUUACUAAUUACUAGGCUAGCUAGGAUAGUUUCGUCCAAAAUCUUAUAACAAUGCUCCAACUCCUCAUUGUAUAACAUGUCUUAUUUACUUGGUUAAAUAACUUUUUCCUGAUGAGCA